AUGAAUAGUUAAUAUUAAUAGGGUGGAAAUAAGAAUUUGAGUAGAUUAGAAUUGGCAGUAUAUUGUUUAGGAUUGAUGAUUUAAUAAAAGAUAUUUAAUUAUAAGAAUCAUGAAGUUGGAUUGAAAGAAGCACCAGAUGGUAAAAAAUUGUACAUCUAAGAUUUAUCAAUUCCAGAUUUAGAUUUCUUUAGAAAUCUUAUAAUGUUGCAUAAUAAGUAGGUGGAGAUAUUAUUUGAUGCAUUGGAUAAAGCAGUAAAUGCAUUAGAUGAUCAUACUAAAACAAAAAAAUUGAAAAGAAGAUAUUUAUAUUAACAGCUGGUUGUGGAUAAACUGAUUAUAGUGAAAUAUAGAUAACUAAAUUAAUUAAUAUGAUUGAAAAAGUAGAUGUUAAAAUUAAUUUUAUUGCUCUUGAUUUUAUGAAUGAUUAUAAUGGAGAUAUCGAUGAUCCUGAUAAAUCUGAAGAAUUUGAAGCUCUUAAUAAUGGAAUGCUUACAGCUUCAUAUCAAUGUUAAGAAUAAUUUAUUAAUUCUCGUUAUGUAUUUUUGAUGGUUUAAGAAUUAAGAUAUAAUAUGAGAAUAUUCCCAGCUAAUGUUGCAUUUGAAUUAUAUUCUUAAUUUCAAACUAGAUCUUUAUAAAAAACAGAGUAGAAUUUUUAAUUAAUGAUGAAAUAUUUAUCCAAGUACUCAUAUAUAAACGAUUUUUCGAAGAGAGAUUACCGAAUCUUAAGAAACACUCUACUCUUGGUGAAUUUCAAACAGUUAUUCAUAAGAAUCAUGUUAGAAAUGAUCUUAUCUAUUAUAAUCCAGAAGAUCCUAAUAUGA